AUGCUCAAGCUUGUUGAUCCUAAAAAUCCGCUUCUUGUGCAAUAUUUCACUUCAAUUGACUUUGUUGUAUCAAUUGGUGUUCUUCCACCAAAGAGGGAUGAAGGUUCUUCUAAAGCUUCUAAAGUUACAAAAAAGAAGAAACAAGUUGAGAAACCACCAACAGUGAAGAAGGAUGUUAUGAAGGAAACUAAUCCUUCGAUAUUAGAAAUUCUCAAGAGAACAAAGAAACCAGCAAAGAAACCUAUUGAUUCCCCAGUUAAGAAACUUGUGCAAGAACCUACAAUCAUAAGUACUGAGCAAACACAUGUUGAUUCCUCCAAUGUUCUUUCAUCUCAGAAGGGUGGCAAGAAGAUUCGAAAGCCUUAG